CGUAAAUAAUCUACUUCACCAUCGUCGGUUGCUUCAUUUGCGGAAUUUUUGCUCCGUUUUGUGGUUUUGUACAGUGGAACUUCUGAAAAAUUGUGAUGGAUGGGAAUUGACCCUGCUGAUGAGCACUAGGAUGUUGUUGUCAGUUGUGAAUAAUUUUGGUGGAGACUUUAUUUUUUAAAGAGUGACAGCAAUUCAGGGAGCAAAUCAGUUUUGAGGUUAUCCGGCUGGGAUUUUUUGGAUUGAAUUUGUUAUAAUAAUAAGAUGAUUCCGAAGAGUCUGAUGAUUCGAUGUUCAGCGUUGAAUGCUGGGGUCCACAGGUUGUGCACCAGGAGGUGUUACUCAACGGAGGUUCCAUCGAAAACUGGGGAAUUCGAUAUAGCCACCGCUGAGGAAACCCCUCGGUACGUUGAGAUUAUCACCGAUGAGGAUCGGAAGGAAAUCAUGAAAAAGCGACUCAAAUCUCGACUUAAUGAGUCCCAUCGUAGAAUGCUCCAGGGGGUUAGGCCCUACGAUGAAGACAUCGCAUGGUUCCACGAAACUAUUCGGUAUAAGAAGAGGAUGCUGGGGAGAUAUGGAAUGGUAGCAAUGCGCGAGCAAAUUGGAGCGGUCUGGCCCACGCAGGAGGAGAUUGAGGAUAAAAUCCUGUGGGAGAAAACAGCUUAUCCCAAGAGUAUACAAGAGCGAUGGCAGGACAUUGAGAAAGAAAAGGCAGAAAAGGAGGAGAGAAUUAGGCUCAGGGAAGAGGAAAUUACCGAAAAAAUAGCAAUGGUCGGCAAAUGGGAAAAAGACCUUAAAGCAAGACUCGCCAAAAAAGAGGCAGCCAUACUAGACGCUAAAGAGCGCAAAGCACGUCUGAUCGAAGAAGUGAGGAGGCAAUUUGGUUUUGAAAUAGAUCCACGUGACGAGAGAUUCAAACAACUGCUGGAGCAGAAGGAAAAGGAGGAUAAGAAACGCAAGAAAGAGGCCAGGAAAAAGGAGAGAGCUACCAAAUUCCUUAGUGCCAUCCUGGAAAAAACACCAGGCAUUUUCAGCGGGGGUUCAUCAUCAGCUGAGACCAACGAGUCGAAAAAACCGGUGGAAAAAAAUCCGGAUAAAGAAACGUAGAUAUUUCUGUACCGAUGAGAGCAUAAAUUUGAAUUUUCUAAAAUAAA